UGAGUUAAUUCCAACUACUACCUUACAAGAGUAACCGGUAAGCAAAGAGUAACCAAACAUCCUAGGAGAGAUAACCUCUCUAUAAAUACACAUCCCCACUUUCUCCUUUCAUCUUCCUCCAUUUUCUCUCAGUUCUUUUCUCCUUUCAUCUUCUCUCUACUAACUCCUUAACAAUGUCAGCUUACACAAACCAGGAUCCUCGUCUUCACGGCAUCAAAACUAAAAUCCGUGUCGUCCCCAACUUUCCCAAAUCCGGUAUCAUGUUCCAAGACAUUACCACUCUGUUACUGGAUCCCAAAGCUUUCAAAGACACCAUCGACUUGUUCGUUGAACGAUACAAAGGCAAAAACAUUUCUGUUGUUGCAGGAAUCGAAGCUCGUGGUUUCAUUUUUGGUCCUCCCAUUGCCCUUGCAAUAGGAGCUAAGUUUGUACCAUUGAGGAAACCAAAGAAGUUGCCUGGCAAAGUUAUAUCUCAAGAAUAUAUUCUGGAAUAUGGAAGCGAUUGUCUUGAAAUGCAUGUUGGAGCUGUUGAGGCUGGUGAACGUGCUAUUGUUGUGGAUGAUUUGAUUGCCACCGGUGGAACACUCUGUGCCGCAAUGGAUUUACUUGAACGUGUUGGAGCAGAGGUGGUGGAGUGCGCAUGUGUAAUUGAAUUGCCAGAACUAAAGGGUCGUGAACGAUUGAAUGGGAAGGCAUUGUACGUGUUGGUGGAAUACUUGGAUGAUAUAUGAGAUUACUACACUUAACACCAAUUCUCACAAGCAUCUUAUACCCAGACUUAAACGGAUUGUGCAGAGGCAGUUUGAAGACGGUGGUUGCGCACGUGUUAAAUUUUUGCAAGCAGUUGCUUUUAUUGCAUAUUCAAAGUGGUUACUUUCACUUCAUUAACUCUCGUAAAUUGUAUAAGUUGUAUCAUGAACGAUAGAAAACCCUCUACUUGAUUAAAUUUUGUUUUUUAAGAA